GUGUGAGUGCUUCUCAAAUGUGUUGUUUUAUCCAUUCUCCACAGUCUUGUCCUCACAAGAAUGUACUCAAGAGAACGUGGUCAGAGAAUGCACUCAGAGCAUGAGAGUGUAGAGCACGGUAGUGCCAAGCCUGGGCUCAGGUACAGUGUGUCCGACUGGGACACCAGUAACAAGCAGAUAUCUGACACAGCAGAACACAGGCGACACAUGUCACACAUGACAAGGCAGGAAGGGAGGGCCUUACGCAAUGAGACAACCAGCAAGACUAACUGGGAUAAGAGUGACAGCUCUCGCAGGCUGAGUGAUAGGAUCUGGGAUAUCUCCCGCUGGAGAGAGACUUUGGAAUCAUGCAUACAGGAAGUGGAGAAAGAGAUGGAUGCCUUAACCCUGGGGAAGGAGGAGACUGAGCGGGCUCUGACGGCCACCGCAGUGCCUCUAGAGGUCACGGUGGAGUGCCUGAUCCUGAGGGAGGGUCGCCGCGGCAACGAGCUGGUCAGCGACCCAGUGGAGGCCCAGCUGAAGAAGGAAGUGGAGAUGAUCGACGGAGCACAGCGGAUGCUCCAGCAGCGCAUCGACAAGGCGUUCGAGCAGCUCCAUUUAUUAUUUCUUCUUCAGGUGUCCCGGCAGCAGCUGACCCAUGACCUUCAGAACAAGAUUGAGGCCCAGGACAUUGACCUCUCCUGCUUGUCUAUCACUGUGACAUCACCUAAGAUCUCCCUGAAGCCCAACCCCCUGCGCAUACCCAUAGGUUCCACCACCCCCCAGCAGUGGGAGCAGUUCAGCCAGUACAACGUGGCCCGAGCUCAGGAGGAGAUGCAGGCGUCACUGCAGCUGAGGGAGGACAUGAGUGUCACCAGGGUACAGUUGCAGAAUGAGCUGGAUGCUCAGCGAAUCGCCACAGUGUUUGCCAUCCGUAAACGCACUCACCACCUGGAGCAGGCCCGCGAUGAGGCGCAGUGGCAGAUGAAGAUCUCCCAGGAUGAGAUCUCAGAUAUGGAGAGGGACAUCCGUAGUCUAGAGGACGAUCUCCAGGCUAAGAUGGCCCCACUAAAGCUGGUCCACACCCGGCUGGAGAACAGGACCAAGAGGCCUGGAGUGGAUCUCUGUAGGGACGAGGUUCAGUAUGGGCUUGUGGAUGAAGCCAAUCAGCUGGAGGCCACCAUUCUGGCUCUGAAACAGAAACUGGCCCAGGCUCAGUACGCCCUCCAGGCCCUCCAGCUGCACCAGGCCCAUAUGGGGGAGGAUCUGUCCCGUAAGAAGGACGCCCUCUCUCUAGAGCAGCGCAGCCUUGAGACACGCGGACGGCUCGCCUCCGCUGCCUUCACUGACGUGUCCUCUGGCGCCGUGGUCCCCCUCACCAACUCCAGCGGGAGACACAACCUGGAGCUGGCCUAGGCUCACCAAAUCAUCUCAUACACAACCUUAGGGUUCUCUGACCGUAACCUUAUUUCCCUCAAUUUAUUAACCAUACCAUAAAUAUCCACAUUUGCAUCUCAAUUGUGUCUUUGUGUCUAUGUUUAUCUUUUAGGCCCCUGUGUUUUCUGUGCGUUUUACAGCGGUCAUAGUCUUACACCUAUCUUCUGUAAGUUCCGUUAUGUGUUAUCAAUUGAACAUUGUGUAUCAAAAAAGAUCGGCAUCAUAUUAAAACUGCAAUAUGUAA